UUUUCUUAUGUAAAUAACCUGUCGUGAACUGUCCAUUGUUAGUGUUAUCACUUUUCAAACAUUACAUACUAUUUAUGAAAUUUCAAAACAUGACAAGCACAAAACAAACAUCUAGGCGUGUUGUGCUUAUUUUCUGUUGAAGCAUGGUCUUUGCUUUUCCCUUUAUACAUGUUUUUAUGCAGUAUUCUUUCUGGAUUAACAUGUAAAAUGGUGUAACCUUAUUCUGAUAACACUUUUCUUAGUCAGCAGUAGUAUUAGAACUGUUAUUGUUUGUUAUUUGCACCGGUAUUCAUGGCAUAAUUUAUGUUAGUUUAGGAGGUGACAAUUUUUAAUCAAGAACGACAUUCGUUUCAGCACCAUGGAUAGCGACAGUGCUGGCGAAUCUCUUUUUCCGCCUCUAUCUGUUACACUACCUUAUCGUUUUACAUCAAUAUGUUGUUCCUUUUUAUUUGACUGAACAUUUUAUUUUUCCCUUUUGUUACAUUUUCAGUUUUAUUGUAAUUGUUUUGUUUGUUUGUUUUUCCCCUCGUGUCAUACAGUACAUAACUUAGGAAAGGAAGAAGUAGCAGUGAGUGCUUGCCGCAGCAGCCACUAUGGUCGUUUUAUGGUGGUUUCUACAUUGGCAUUGAGGAAACAAAAUUGUGUAAUGUUUUCUGCAGUUCCUUUUUAUGAACUCAAAGGGCCGCUGUUUACCGCAGUGUAGAUGGAGUGAGUAGAACAGUAUCAGCACCUCCCAUGAUUCUUCGACGUUAUUCAGAAAGGACACCAGUGAAAAUCAGAGGCGUGCGGAGUCUGUACAAUACCGAUAAAACAGGAAGGAAUACUACAAUAUUUCAUCUUUUUAUCUUUUUCAUUGGUGGAAUUUUGUCGGAUUAAAGCUUAAUUGUGACACGGAUUGCGGCCUUUGACGUUUUCGGCGAAGUCAGUAUUCACUACGGCCACACACUGCCACAGAACAAUGAAGGGACUGGCGUCAUUGUUCAUCCUGUUUCUUCUGAUUUGCUCCGUAUUUGGGCAGAUCAGCUACACGAUACCUGAGGAAAUGUCCAAAGGAUCUUUAGUGGGAAACAUAGCCAAUGAUUUGGGUUUACAAACGUCGCGUCUCACAUCGGGUAAGGCCCGAAUUUAUACCCGAGAGAACGGUGAGUACAUCGAGCUGAACAGAGAGAGAGGCGUCCUCCUGGUUAAAGAGAAAAUCGACAGAGAGGCGCUCUGCAAACAGACGACGCCGUGCGCUUUACAUUUUCAGAUUAUUUUAGAAAACCCUAUGGAAUUUUUUACAGCCACCGUCCAAAUUACUGACGUCAAUGACAAUGCGCCCACGUUUAAAAGAAGCGAAAUCCAUUUCAAAAUAAGCGAAUCAGCUAUAGUUGGGGCGAAAUUUCUCCUGGAGGCAGCCGUGGAUCAUGACGUAGGAAUAAAUGAUCUGAAAAGCUACGAGUUAAAACCAACAGAUAAUUUUGUUCUAAAAGUGCACAGCAGUAAUGAAGGGGACAAAAACGUUGAGAUGGUUCUACAGAAACCUUUAGACAGAGAGAAAGAGGAGGAGAUAUCCCUCGUGUUAACGGCUGUAGACGGAGGCGAGCCGCAGAUGUCGGGAACGAUGCUGAUACUUAUUACAGUGUUAGACGCCAAUGAUAACGCUCCUGUUUUUAGUCAGUCCACUUAUAAGACCAUGGUUACUGAGAAUUCACCUAAAGGAACAGUUAUAGUCACUGUAACAGCCACUGAUGCAGACCAGAGUCCGAAUGGUAAAAUAAUGUAUUCGGUCUCAAACACAUUAGACGGCGACAGUUUAAUGUUUUUUGUAAACGAGGAAAACGGAAACGUUUACUUAAACGGGAAACUGGAUUUUGAGGAGAAAAAAAAUUAUCAAGUAAAUAUAAUUGCUACCGAUGCGGGUGGGCUAACAGAUUCUUGUAAAUUAAUUGUUGAAGUGCAAGACGUAAAUGACAACAAACCCGAGAUUAACAUCAUGUCAAAGUCAAAUGUAAUAUCAGAGGAUGUAAAACCGAAUACAAUUGUCACGAUGAUUGUUAUUGAAGACAAAGACUCGGGAGAAAACGGAAAAGUCCAAUGUUUUACAAGCGACCAUGUUCCAUUUCAUUUAAAAUCAUCAACGAAUAACUUUUAAAG